AUGUUUCAGUUGUGUAUAGUGGCGGCAGUGCUUACAGUAGCAGCAAGUUACCCGGAUCAUGGACAUGGCGGCGGACAUGACGGAGGAUUCGGUGGUCAUGGAGGCCAUGGUGGGUUCGGAGCUGGACAUGGAGGUCAUGGUGGAUUCGGCCUGGGACAUGGAGGUGGUCAUGGAGGAGCUCAUGGUGGAUUAGGAGGCCACGACGGCGGACAUGGAGGACACGAUGGUGGACAUGGAGGACACGAUGGUGGUCACCUAGGAGGUCACGGAGGCGGUCACGGUGGUGGUCAUGGAGGUCAUGGUGGAGAUCAUGUUGACUACUAUGCCGCUCCUCACUACCAGUUCGAAUACAAAGUACAUGACCCUCAUACAGGAGAUGUCAAGAGCCAGCAAGAAGCCAGGGAAGGAGACAAAGUUAAAGGAUUCUACACCCUGAAGGAAGCCGAUGGUACCCUGAGGGAAGUCCACUACGAGGCCGACCACAAGAACGGGUUCAACGCCGUCGUGAAGAGGACAGGCCACGCCACACACCCCGCGGUCUACGGCCAUCACGAAGAGGGUGGUCACGGAGGUCACGGCGGAGGACACGGUCACCAUUAACCUGACGACCACUUAGGCCCAAACAUUGUGAUAUCUGACCUAGCUUUACCUCCUCGUUGUGUAUAUUUAUUGUUAGCUACUUACUCUUGUAAGUUUACCAAAGUUAUGUUUUUUAUUUUGUAUGAUCGUUAAUAUAGAUUGAACUAUAUAUUUAAAUAUUAUUUACCUUUGCUACCCCAAACCAUUAUCAUACUUCAAAUAAAAGAUAAAGUCAGAUUUAAUAUUAUGUUUAAAAAUGGAAUUAAGUAAAUAUAAUUAUUUAAAUGAUUAAAAUCUUAAAGUAGCUUCAGUUUAUUAACUAUUAAAGAAGUAAAUUGCAAUGGAAACAAGUCGUUGUUUUAUAUUAUUAUUUAUAUCAAUAAUAAGUUGCUAUAAUUACUGUUC